CUUGAAGCCAUGGCCGUGAGCAGCUGGGACGAAGCGAGCCUGCCAUGGGCCAAGUUCGUCGAGGACUUGCGCGUGACGGGGUCGCAUGGCCCCAUGUUUGCUGGCAUCAUCGUCUUCAAUCCCCAAGGUACCGUGCUCCACGAAGAAGGCUGGUUCAACACGACGGACGCGGCCUCCAAGGCCGCGCUCUUUGCUGCGUCGACCGACGACGCCAUGGCCAUCUCGACGAUCGCCCUGGGCAGCGAUGCGUUCCAAGUCGUGCGAAACGACUUUGGCAACCUCGGCGCUGUUGGCCGCCACCAGCGCACGGGACUCCUCACGCAGCGGAGCCGGAUCGGCGUCGUGGCGACCGUCAUCGCGUGGCCCCACCGCCUGACCACGACAUGGGCGACGAUGGAAGCCUUUGGUCAUCGCCUCCGGUCGGCCUCGUAG